CUGCUCGCUGCCUGACCACGCACCUGCACGCUCCUACGGCAGCAGCGCAAGCGGGUGUACCUGUUGUCGCGCAUCUACCGCACCGGCCGCCCGUCGUGCCAUCGGGCGGCUAGCUACUCCAUCUUGCUCCCUGCUCCUCUCUUCUCACCUCAUCAUCCUCUCGCCCGAUUCCCCCGCACCCGAGCUGCGGCGGGAGCUGUAUAAGGUCGCAAUGCCGAGCCCCUCGACCCGCUCGCUGCUCUCGCUCCAGCUCCUCUCCCUCUCCACCCUCCAGCCCUCGCCGCCGCCUCAAGCGUCACUCUCAAGCCUUUCUCCGUGCCCGCCGUGCGCAUUGCCGUCAAGCUCUCUCAGUCGGCAGCACUCCUGCAGCACGACUCCCACCGCUGGCGCUCCGGCGCUCAACAACGAAAUGCUUGCCUCUCAAGCACCCGGCGCCUCUUCGUCCAUGGCUUCAUCUACUCUCGAGCCGCAGCCCAUGGUGGUGCAGCUCGAGCUAGACGUCGAGGCCGAGGAGCUCCUGCGCCUCCAACGACGAGACAAAGUCCGCGCUCGUCUUCGCACGCCCUGGCGUCGAGCUCCACUUGCUACUUUCGAGAUGCGCGCUCCGCCCGUCCGGUCCGCUUCGCCUACUCCACAGCGUCGCUGCUCCUCUAGCAUUGAAGGCCGACCUUGCGCGCCUACGCCGGGCGCUACUCCCGGCGCGAAGCGAGGCGUGGGAAAGGAGAAGUGGGAGAGAUGUGUGGCGAAGUACACGAUGCACGAGACGAUCAUGACGGAUGCUGCACUGCUGCUGCCCUCGACUUACCAGGCAGUCGUUCAGGCGCUGCUCUCCGAAUCGCAGCUGGAGUCAAGCAGCGCAGAGGCAGCCGUCGCGAUCGUCAACGGCGCACCCGAAUGGUCUUCGAUCGACUUCGUUCGAUGGGCGCGCAGCGAGUGGCGCUUUGGCUCGGCCGAGGAGGCUGUGGGCGAGACGGGAAUCACGGCCAGAGGCACUGGAACGUGGGAUGCUCUGCUCGUGAAUGCCGCCAGUGGCAAGCCGGCCGUGCAUCCGGAGCGUUUGUACGAGGUGCUCAAGUGGGCUCACUCUCACGCUGACCCGGUGCAAGAAUCCGCAUCGGUGGAGAAGACUCGGGAGCGUCUCGAAUCGCGCUACGCCAGCAUUCCGACGUCGCUCAUUGCGCAGUUCGUGGCGCUUUGCGGAACAUGCAGCGCAAGACAAGCUCGAGAGCCGGAGCUUCCGGAGCUCGGCAAUCUCAGUCCUAUGAGUUGUCUGCCCUCGCCCGUGGCGUGCUUCAGCUCCCAUCCUCCCGCUUCCCACGCAAGCAGCGCAGCGGGACCAAGCGCGCUGGUCCUCGAGGACGACGUCGAUGUCGACGAAGAAGAAGAGUACACGCACAGCAGGCUACUCUCUAUCCUGUCGCCUUUCGCUCCAGCUUCUAUUCUUCAGUUGCCACAGGCGCAAGGCAUGGAUCGUCGUGAUUCUGCAGACAGUCAAGUGUCCGCGGCCAGUAGUGCUCAGCCUCCGACUCCGCGCGAUGAACGAGACGGCCUCUGGCCAUCAUCUUCGCCAACUGUGCUCGACAAGGCAAGCACCGAGGUCUCCUUCUCGCUGCCGUCUGUCUUUCAGCAGAUUGCACCCUCGACAGGAGACGACUCCUUCUUCGGAGCACCGACCUGGAGCUCCUCAGAUGCAGUGCUCGACGUGCCCACCGAGCUCGAUCCGAGAAGAUGGUGGUGGGAACAAGACGGCUGCAGUCUGGAGUCUCUCGACGCCUCCGACUCCACUGUACCUUCCUGCGACUCAGUCUCGCACGACGAGACACUCUACACUGCAGUAUCCGAGCCCGCUCUGCAUCGACGAGCCGCAGAGCUUGCAGCAGAGCGCCCAACCGCCAGCGCCUUUGUCUCAUUUCGCACCGGCACCGAGCAAGCCCUCGAAGCACCGACCUUCUCGAACCGCAUGCCUCCUCCGCCUGCGCUCUCCUUUGCAGCACCAGCAUCGCCACGACGAAGAGCUCGCCUGAGCAGCGACGUCCCUUCGUCUGCGCCAAGCUGGCAGACCGAGUUUGGCAGCGUUGCAGCGGCGGACAGCGAGGUGCCGGCCAGCACAUUGCAUGCUUUGCUGGCGCAAGAUGAGCAACGUCAGGUGCGCGAGGCGACGUUGACUCGACGAAUGCAGCGCGCUGCUCGCCUGGCAGCGGCAGCAAGCGAAGAGCUAAGCAGUGUCGUGCCUACGCUCGAGUCAUCAUUGCCCACCACCACCGCAGUCAACUACGGUCCGCAGUUCGGAGCCGUCUUUGGAGCCGUGACUGGGGGAAGCGGGAACCUCUUCGAUGGCUCUCGCUCGCAGAUCGACGCUGCCGCAGUCGCGAAGCGUACCAAGUAUGGCUCGCCGGAUCUGGCCGUGUACCUUGCGCCAAGCUACGGCAUCCCAAGCAGCGACACCACUCGUGUCGUCUCUUCGGCCUCGGCAACACUGCCACGACGUGCUGCGCCGUCCGCCACGGACCAGGCGACGUCGUUCGGCUCGUCGCCGGUAGUGCAAGGACUUGGUCUCGACGUUCCGCAGCUGCGAAGCACCGCAGAGCUACGCCGCCACACCGUCACAGGCGAGCGCACAAGUCCGCCGCUCAGUCGAGGUUCCUUCGAUGCGCCGCCCUUGCCACAGCCGCCUUGCUACAGUCUGGCGGACGUGCCAAAGGCACGUGGUCGUUCUCGUGGCGCCUCGGUGCUGGAUGCCAAGCCUGGCGGCAUCGCAGAGCAGCAGCAGUCGCAGCGCGUCAAAUGGGACGGAGUGGACCCUUUCGAGCAUCUGUCGGGCGCUCAGCGACUCGUGCUGUCUCAAGUCGCCACGCUGAUGGCGCAGCAGAAUCUGGCCUCCGAGAGCUCGCACAGCGACGAUUGCGACGAGAUGGUCAUCCCGAUCAUCUCGACGAUUCCCGUCGACACGCAGGUCCAGGAGAUCACUCCACCAGAGUCGGAGCCGUCGGCAGAGUCAGACCUUCUGCGCCUUGCGCAGCUCGAAGCUGAGAUCAAGAUGAUCAAGGCGAGACAGGCUCGCCUGCAACCGCUUCCCAUUGCCGGUCAGACGCAUCACGCACGCGAGCGAGCUCGACACGAGGCAGACCAGACGCUGUCUAGUGCCGCCUCAUCCGACCUCGAGCUCUCUCGCGACAUGAGCCUCUGCAACAUCUCCUCCGGCGACGGUCGACGUCUUCGCGGUCCCAGCUCUGCUCGCCGUUCCAUCUUGUCCCGCAGUACCUCGCUCCGCGCUUCGCCGGACAUGCAUGCCUCCUGGUCCUGCUCCAUGACGCAGAGCGCCUCGUUCGAAACGCUCGCCUCGGCAUCAAGCGUACUCGUGGACGGCGUACCGCUGCAUCAGGUCGACCCGCGCUCUCCUGCGCGGCGCCGUAUUGGCUCUACCUCGCUGUGCGAAGUGGCAGAGUAUGCGUGCAGCGAUGAACUGGGCGACAACGACCUGCUGCUGCCGCGUCUGCGGUUCGUCGAACUGCCGAUUGACGAGCCAAUCUGCUCCACGCCCGCUGCUGCGGAGACAGCCGGCGCGAAGCUUGGUCGACGACACCCGACGGCCACCGCUGCCUCUCGUCGCGAGCGCAGCAGCAUCAGUCUGGCGGCGCACCACGAGCCGCUUGCUUUGCUCUGCGCUCAACGCUCUCUGCGCGGUCUGCCCGCAAGGUCGCUCAGCACCGCAACAACGAGCGCGGCACAGGCGACCGCGAUGCCCGCACGCAGUCCACUCAGCGAGGUCGCACUGCCCGCUGCUCCUGCAGCGCCCGAGGCGGCGGAUCUCUGGGCCGACUUCUCCGGCGAGUACACCGACGAGUCAUUCACCGGCGGAGCUGGGGCACUCGUGGCGAGCGUGCCGAGCGGCGUCUCCUCGGCUGCCAUGGCGCACGCAGCAGCCAUCCUUGAGGCGGCCGUCGUCGAUGCGCGUGCACCCACGACCACGAGCACUCCUGCCGCGGCAGCCAAGAUGCUGCUUGCUCAGCAGCCACAGCAGCAGAGCUUCCUCGCAAAGGCCAUCAGCUUGCUCAACGUCGCAGGCACGCCGUCGACGUCGCGCGUGCAGGCACAGACCUGAGCGGCCAGCGUCGCCUCACCAUUCUUCUCUCCCUGAUGUCCCGCGUCGAGCCCCACAGCUCCGCCACGCCUGUUCUCUUGAUGUCUUCAUGUCUCGCUCUCGUAAUGCAUCACGUCUCUCUGGCUCUCACCUCGCGUCGU